GUCCCUGCCUAUACUUAAUUCUCCCUCCCAGCUUCUCCGAUCGCUUCUGCUGGAUGACAGCCUGCGGCAGGAACAGCAACAAUGAUACUCGUCAUCUUGGGAACCCUUCUGGGAAUCGUCUUUGGUCCUUCUUUGUUCAUUUUAGUGCCCUACAUCAGGAAUUACUUUGCAGGAGCCAUUUGUAAGUCAAAGGCUAAGCUGAAUGGGAAGGUCGUUUUGAUCACAGGGGCCAACACAGGCAUUGGGAAAGAGACAGCUAGAGAUCUUGCAAAAAGAGGUGCCAGAGUGAUUCUGGCCUGCAGAGACACAGCAAAGGGGGAAGUGGCCGCCUGUGAGAUCCGAGCUGAGACAGGAAACCAGCAAGUAAUUAUGAAGAAACUGGAUUUGGCGGAUACUAAGUCUAUUCGACAGUUUGCUGAGAACUUUCUAGCAGACGAGAAAGAGCUCCAUAUUCUCAUUAACAAUGCAGGAGUAAUGUUGCACCCUUAUGCCAAGACAGUGGAUGGCUUUGAGAUGCAUCUAGGAGUCAAUUACCUUGGUCACUUCCUCCUGACCUUCCUGCUCUUGGAACGCCUGAAGCAGUCGGCCCCAGCCCGCAUCGUAAAUGUGUCCUCACUGGCCCAUCUCGUGGGCAGGAUCCGCUUCCAUGACCUCCAAGGGGAGAAAUUCUACCAACGGGGCCUGGCUUACUGCCAAAGUAAAGUGGCUAAUGUCCACUUCACGCGGGAGCUGGCCAGGAGGCUGCAAGGCACUGGAGUCACAGUAAAUGCGCUGCAUCCUGGCACUGUGCAGUCUGAGUUGACCCGGUACUCAUCUGUAGUGUCCCUGCUGUGGAAGAUGUUUUCUUUCUUCUUGAAGACUCCACAAGAAGGAGCCCAGACCAGCAUUUAUUGUGCAGUAGCAGAGGAGCUGGAAUCCGUGACAGGACAGUAUUUCAGUGACUGUCAGCCAGCAUAUGUGUCUGCUCAUGGCCGGGAUGACGAGACAGCAAAGAAGCUUUGGAAAGUCAGCUGUGAGCUCCUGGGCAUCCAGUGGGACUGAACAGUAGAAAUUAAUAGCUGGAUGGACUCCGUGGCUCCUGGUGAUCUUCUCAUCUGGGAACUGGAAACGGGUCCACCUGACAACACCUGGUGCAUCCAGCUGCCCUACCAGUGGUUUUUGGAUAUAACUUAAAACGUGUAAAUAUUUUAUGUUUAAAAGAAAUGAGACCAAUGGGUAGAGGUUCAGGACAGAAAUGCAGUGAGUUGGCAUCUUCUCUCACCGUUUUUGAUUUGCAUUCCCAGGCUAUCCCAUAGCUGGCAUUCUUUCCCCAGGGCCAGCUUAGAAGAGGGACUGCAGGCUAUUUUGGUUAGCAAUGCAAGGCAACAUAAAGAUUUUGCUUUUGGAAGGGUCUUUUUGCAGCCCUGAACCCCAACUGUAACCAGGUCAGUUGGAGAUGUUCCCUAGCAAUUUGAGCCAUUUGGUCAUCUCAGCUAUAGGACUUGGGAGCAGGUUCUUUUAGCUGGGAGACAUAGCACCUCAGGCCAUAUCUAGCUGAACCACAUCUUCCGUGAUUCUUGAUAUUCUCCUCUCUGAGUGGCAGGCUGUAUCACAAAGGGACAAUUUCUUAAUUUUCAGAGAGAAAUUGUAGCCUUCAUUAUUGUCCAUCACUUGAACCUUCUACUAAGGUCUCAUUGUGCUAUGCACUGUUUAAACACAGUUAAUGAAAAACACUACUCCCUAACUCUUUAGGGACUGAGACCGAAGUACUCAAGAGUGAUGUAAGCACUUAAUGCCUCCUUUUUGUCACUUCCACCUAAUGUGGGUUGCAAGAGACAAGCUGUGCUGAGCUGCCAAAGGACCUACUUUUUUUUUAGAAGGAGAGAAGUUUAACAUAUCUUACACUGUUCUACACUGAGGUCAUAAUACUGUGACAGUAAAAAAGACAUGUACUGGAACAGUGUUACAGUUGAAUACAGUAGGGAGGAAGUUGCCUGUGGAGAAGGGGAGCAGGGAACAUAAAGAGUAUGUUAUGCAGAAUACGUCUAAUGCUAGGAACUGUCAUCUACUUAGCCAGGCUAGAAUUCAAGCCCACACUCUUGAGUUUGCUCACCUGAUAGCAGCUCUUAGAAGUGAAGCUACAUGUGCAGUAGGCAGGCCAAGGAGGGAUCAGCCCUAGUCCAAAGUGGCAGUAGCCACAGGGCAUACUUCAUUUUACAAAGACAUUGUCCUGCCCAGUAAGUCUAGGAAGAGAAUGGCUAAGGCUGCCAUAUGAUCCUAGUGACACUUUAGUCUUGUUCUAUUGUGAAGGGCAAGUUUGUAACUGCUGCACCUAUACAAAAGCCAAACACUCACAGAAACAGUUGCCAAGUUGCAAUGUUGCUUCUGUGUUGUACGCCCAACCGCAAAUAAUUUAUUGGAUGGGUCACAUGCCUAAAGACUCUCACUUCAGGUAGGGUAGCACAGCUGGUGCGGUUUUCUAAUCAGGGGAGAUGAUCUACAUCAUUUUAAGUUUGUCCAUAAUAUGGUCACUUCUGAAGAGCAUUUGCUUUAAGAAACAGGUUUUUAUUUCUUUGUGAAGUUAGCAGCAACUUUCUGGCUGGAGGCUGGCACUGCAAGUCAAGCCCCAGCUAUCUCUUGAGGUUUACUAAAUAAAGCAAUUCCCAUUUGAUGCCACUGUUUUAGGUCUUC